UCACAGGUAUAUGCUCUUCCCGGCCAAGAGCGAGCUAGAGCUUCCCACCUCACUCCCUCCCUCAUCAGCUCACUGUCUCACUCGCCUCGAUUCUCCUCUCUCUUCUCUCCUUCGUCCAGGCUCAAGGAAGCGGUGGCCGGUGCUCAUGGAGGUGUUGGGCGCCGAGGACAAGCAGACGCCGCCCAGGAAGAGGAGCGGCCGGAAGGGCGCGCGCGCGGACGGCGAUGGCCGGCGGCCGUCCUUCUCCGGGCGGUGCGCGCGGCUCGUCAAGGAGCAGCGCGCGCGGUUCUACAUCAUGCGCCGCUGCGUCACGAUGCUCGUCUGCUGGCGCGACUACGCCUGAGGCACGCCGCGCCGCGCCGCGUGCGAAGCUCGACCGACCGAGGAGCAGCAGCCAGACGGACCAGCUCCCUCCCAUCCUCUCUCAGCAGCCCGAGGAUCCUCCUCCUGUGUAAAGAGUAGAUUUAGUAGGAGUAUUUUCUUCUCUUUCACCCUUUGUUGUUAGGAAGAAGAAGCAGUAGAGCGACGCAGUGCCGCGCAUUUUGUUGCAUUCUGAUCUGAUGUCAUGUGGUGCGAGCAUCUGAUAGAGGAAGAAGUGUUGAUCGUCGAAA